GGAUUUCCUGCUACACGUUUGGUCAGAGUUAGGUAUGAAAGAUGUUUGUAUUGUCAUUUUGAAACUUUAUUUUUUAUUAAGUCAGCACUGAAUACCUGGUCGUGUUACUCAGACUUGCUCAGCCCACAAAGCGAAAGUAGCUACUAAAUUUUAACAUGUAACUUAGCUAAAGAGUAUUUCCGAGCUAACUGAACUGAGAGUCAUUUUUAAAAGCUGUUUAAAAAAGACAUGGCAGCGGAUGAUAAACCAUGUUUAGAGUUCAUGCAUUUGGAAGUCGACACUUCGACAUCUAAGGUUAAUGGACUGAAACGGGAAAAACUACUUUCUGCCUCACAAAGGAGGUACUACAGCUUCUGCAGAAGGAAGUCAUUCGCUGCCUAUGUGGCGUCCAAGAGGGAUGACACUCAGGAGGACAGCAGGUCAUCUUGGUGCUGCUGUGGCCAGACCUUUAAGGAACACUCUGCCAUUCACAAACACGUGGCCAGGACUCAUGAUAUGGAAAUACAGGAGCUCACGCAGGCAACAUACAAAUGUUUGUUAAACCAGCUGGAGGAAGAACCUGAAGCCCAGCAGCUGAAUGAGCAUAAGUCUGAACCAGUGGACAUUUCUGUGUGGAUACCUGAGACUGGGCACAUAUCUGAGGAGCAACUACAAAAUGGUCCAGGGACGGUUCUCCUCUAUUAUCACUACUGUCAGCUGGAGGAUCCACAUGUCAUCUGUGCUUGGCAGAAAGCUUUGUGUGAGAAGCUCCACUUGACAGGCAAGGUGAGGGUGGCAACUGAAGGCAUCAAUGGAACAGUUGGUGGCACCAACAUGGCCACUGACCUUUACAUCGAAGCAAUGUGUUCACAUCCUCUCUUCAAGAUGGAUAAGGAGGAUUUUAAGACAAGUGAUGGUGGCGCAGAGUGUUUUACAGACCUGAGGAUUGGGGUAUAUAAGGAAAUCGUCCCAAUGGGAGUGGAUCCUGAUGUUAUUUCCUACCAACUAGCAGGAGUUCAUCUGGAGCCGGAGGAGUUUCAUAAAGAAGUUGAGGCCCUUUUGGCUGAAGGAGAUUCCUGCACUGACACCAUCCUCUUGGACUGUCGCAAUUUUUAUGAGAGUAAAAUUGGGCAGUUUACUCGUUGCCUGGCUCCUGACAUCCGUAAGUUCAGCUACUUCCCGGACUAUGUCGACCAGAACCUCGAACUGUUCAGGGACAAGAAGGUCUUGAUGUACUGCACAGGAGGGAUUCGCUGUGAGCGUGGAUCUGCCUACCUCCGGUCGAAAGAUGUGUGUAAAGAGGUUUACCAGCUGAAGGGUGGAAUCCACAAGUAUCUGGAGCGAUAUCCAGAGGGCUUCUAUCGAGGGAAACUUUUUGUGUUUGAUGAGCGCUACACCAUCUCCUCCAACAGUGAUGUCAUCUCAGACUGCAGGUACUGCAGCAGUCCCUGGGACAAGUACGAGCUCUGUUCCACCCAGUUCUGCUGUCAGCUGGUUCUAUCGUGUCCCAGCUGCAGACAGAAUGGACACACUGCCUGCUGCCCCACCUGCCAAACCAAAGGACAGACAAAGAGCGAGGCAUCCCCCGCUGUUCUGCAUCACAAAGAAGAGUGCGAGUGCACUGGUGGACGCCCCAGAAUCCCUCAGGAUGUGUAGUGAUGGGGCAUCAGUGAUUGCAGCCACAUACAAAAUGCUUGUCAUGAAGUCAUGACUUUUUUAAUCUAAAUUAAGUAAUUAAAUUAAGUCAGAUUUAGUGUAUCUGAGAGGUUUCAUUCUGGUCCAUCAAUCUGAUUGACAUUAGAUGAAAAAAACAUGUUUAUCAGGCUUCAGUUGAGAAAAGUAAGAAUACAUCUGCACAGUCUGAGUUUUAAUACGUGAUUUUCAAAAAAACGUGAAUGUCUCAUCAGCAAUGAUGAUCAGUUCUGUGUGUAGAUAACAAAAACGCAGGUUUCUGGGACCGCAAGUGUUGCUAAAACACUUUGAAACCCCAAGCCUCAACACAUCUGUGUGCCUUACUUGGAAUGACACUGAUUAUCAGGGCUGACAGUCAGCUUUUAUCUGAUUAUCAGAAUCUGUGUUUUUGUGUCCAAUUGCCAAUAAAAUAUAUCACCUUAAAAUGAAAUACUUUGGCUGUAACUACAGUUAGCGAAUAAAUGCAGAGCAGUGGAAAAUGUAAGUACUCAAAAUUGUACGUAAGUACAGUUCUUGAGUAAAUUGUGUUUACUGAUAAUCCAUCACUAGUUCUAAAUUUGACACGAUUUAAAACAAAAAUUGUAUUAUAAAUAUAUGUCAGUCCCAAAUAUUGGUCUCACUAAUUACUAAUAAUCAGUAUCGACCGCCGAAAGAAACAUCUUAGUCGAUUCCUUGAUGACACAUUGAUAGAGCUGACCACAGCAUAUCUCACUUUAAGCCCAUGUCAAUAUGAAACCAUGCAAAAGUAUGUCAAGUGUAGAGUCAAGUCUUAUUUUCAGCAGGUCUUGAAGUAAAGAAACAGUUUCAUCAUAAGUUAUUAGAAGUUAUGUUUU